CGCGCCUCCUCCUGGCCGCCUCCCGCCGGAACCGCGCCGCCCCCCGCGCCCUUGUAUGGCCAAAGCUCGCCGGGCCGCGUGCGUCAGUGGCGCCCCCGCCCCUCCCCAUGCGUCACGGAGCGCUUAAGAGGAGGGUCGGGCUCGCCAGGGGAGCCCCAGUGCAGGAGGCGGUGAAAGUUGGGGGAGUGUGCGAGAGGGACUGCGGAGCGCACGCGGGACCAGGCUGCGACUGGGUCGCUGGUCCCGGCCGGGGAGAGCCGCAGCCGGCCGGAGAUGCCCUGUAUCCAAGCCCAAUAUGGAACACCAGCAGCCAGCCCGGGACCGCGUGACCACCUGACGAGCGACCCCCUGGCCCUUGAGUUUAGCAAGCCUACCAUGGACCUGGCCAGCCCUGAGGCAGCGCCCACCGCACCCACCACCCUGCCCAGCUUCAGCACCUUCAUGGACGGGUACACCGGAGAGUUUGACACCUUCCUAUACCAGCUGCCGGGAACAACCCAACCAUGCUCCUCCACUUCUUCGUCAGCCUCCUCCACCUCUUCUUCCUCAUCCUCAGCCACCUCUCCUGCCUCUGCUUCCUUCAAGUUUGAGGACUUCCAGGUGUAUGGCUGCUAUCCCGGCACCCUGAGUGGCCCCUUAGAUGAGACCCUGUCCUCCAGCGGCUCUGAUUACUAUGGCAGUCCCUGCUCGGCUCCCUCACCAUCUACGCCCAGCUUCCAGCCACCCCAGCUCUCUCCUUGGGAUGGCUCAUUUGGCCACUUUUCCCCCAGCCAGACUUAUGAAGGCCUUCGGGCAUGGACAGAGCAGUUGCCCAAGGCUUCUGGGCCUCCACCACCUCCAACCUUCUUCUCCUUCAGUCCCCCAACCGGUCCCAGCCCCAGCCUGGCCCAGAGUUCCCUAAAGUUGUUCCCACCACCAGCCACCCACCAGCUUGGGGAGGGUGAGAGCUAUUCCAUGCCAGCGGCUUUCCCCGGCUUGGCACCCACUUCUCCGAACCUUGACACUUCCGGGAUUCUGGAUGCACCUGUGACCUCCACCAAGGCCCGGAGUGGGGCUUCGAGUGGCAGCGAGGGCCGCUGUGCCGUAUGUGGGGACAAUGCUUCGUGCCAGCAUUACGGGGUCCGCACCUGUGAGGGCUGCAAGGGUUUCUUCAAGCGCACAGUACAGAAAAGUGCCAAGUACAUCUGCCUGGCAAACAAGGACUGCCCUGUGGACAAGAGGCGGCGGAACCGCUGCCAGUUCUGUCGCUUCCAGAAGUGCCUGGCUGUGGGCAUGGUGAAGGAAGUGGUCCGGACAGACAGCCUAAAGGGGCGGCGGGGCCGGCUGCCUUCAAAACCCAAGCAGCCCCCGGAUGUCUCCCCUACCAAUCUCCUUACUUCUCUCAUUCGGGCGCAUUUGGACUCGGGGCCUAGCACUGCCAAGUUGGAUUAUUCCAAGUUCCAGGAGCUGGUGCUGCCCCGCUUUGGGAAGGAGGAUGCCGGCGAUGUGCAGCAGUUUUAUGACUUACUCUCGGGUUCCCUGGACGUUAUCCGAAAGUGGGCAGAGAAGAUCCCUGGCUUUGCUGAGCUUUCCCCAGGAGACCAAGACCUGCUGCUGGAGUCUGCCUUCCUGGAGCUCUUCAUUCUCCGCCUGGCCUACCGAUCUAAGCCCGGGGAAGGGAAGCUCAUCUUUUGCUCAGGCCUGGUGCUACACCGGCUACAGUGUGCCCGAGGCUUUGGCGACUGGAUUGACAGCAUCCUAGCCUUCUCACGGUCCCUGCAUAGCUUGGCUGUGGAUGUCCCUGCCUUUGCCUGCCUGUCUGCUCUGGUCCUUAUCACCGACCGACAUGGGCUGCAGGAUCCUCGCCGGGUAGAGGAGCUGCAGAAUCGCAUCGCCAGCUGCCUGAAGGAGCACGUGACUACCGUGGCAGGAGAGCCCCAGCCAGCCAGCUGCCUGUCACGUCUGCUGGGCAAAUUGCCUGAGCUUCGGACCCUGUGCACCCAAGGCCUGCAGCGAAUCUUCUACCUCAAGCUGGAGGACCUGGUGCCCCCUCCACCGAUUGUGGACAAGAUCUUUAUGGACACACUGUCUUUCUGAUCCCUACCCUGAACACGUGUGCACACAUGUGUGUGCCCUUAUGUCACCCAUGUGCCUUUAAGCUCACGGACCCCCAGAGCACUCCACCCCCAGCCUGGUUUUGAGCUAAGACUGACUCACCUCCUCAUUCCAGAAGAUGGGCAGGGAGCUCGAGACCUGGGGGAGGGGGUGCAUUCACGGGGGUGACCCCACUAUUUGUCUUAUCCCUGUAGCUCAGUCCUGGCCUUCGUGAUUUCUUUUUUUUUGUAAGAUAAAACAUUUUUAACACAUACCACCCUGCUGUAAAUAAGCCGAAGCUGCUGUAAAUACAGAAAGGAAGAGGUUGAGGUGGAGGUUGGGAGGGGGGGUGGGGCCCCCACCAGCCUGGGCAAGCCUUUCAGCCUCCAACUUGAGAUCUCUUCCCCCUUCCUUCCUCAUGUACAUAACUGUCACUCAAGGUGAAUGGCAGGUUCCGAUUUAUAUUUGUGUAUUUUCCUGGAUUUAUAGGAUGUGACUUUUCUGAUUAAUAUAUUUAAUAUAUUGAAUAAAAAAUAGACCUGUAGCUGAAA